AUGUCGGUCGAACCUUUGCGUCCGCUCUUACUGCCGCAAAAUCGCAAGCUCCGGCACCUUCGAGGUAUAUCUCUUCGCAACCUCACCUUCUCUCGUCCCCGCGGUCGCACUACCGAUGAUGCUGCCCUGAACCGUACUCCUGCAAAACUCGAAGCCUUGCGCGAGGCACCACCAUUGCACCAUGCCCUCUCUUCAGAGGACUUGCGGCCUCCGGCCGGGCGCAGGCGUAGCACUGUGAUGAGCCUGGCCCAUGCAAAUGCUACCACACGCCAGAAGCGUUUUGGGGAUAUGUUUGACAGCCGCCUGGCCGAGGUAUUCUUCUCGCUGCACGUUGAAGGAGAGGAUGAGCCCGUAUAUAUCAGCGAGACAGCGGACCGGGCGACGAAUUUCGACUUCCAAUUCUUUGACCUUGCUGAGCUCGACUCGACCAUUACACGAGCACCAAGGGUUACAAUAAAAGUGUGGACAAGGCGCCUGGAAAAAUGGUGCCUGCUGUUGGAGGAUGAGGUCGACCUGCGCGCCCUCAACUGGCUGGGCAGCCUUCAGGGAGUCCACUUCCCACCGAACAGCCUGAUCUUCCACAUGAUAGACGGCAUCUACUCGCUCGAACUUUCUUCUAAACCUCCAUUACCCAAAUCAGCUUCAUCAAUGCCAACUUCGUCCUACAAUGCCUUGAUGAAACUGGCCACAUUGGAUAACUCUAUCCAAGAUGCCCUCGCCACACACCAGCUGCUUACUCAACAUAUCAAUGAACUCCUGAAGCGAGAGGUGAAGAACGAAGUCCCCGACACCGAAGACAGGCUGGCCCUGGCCAACAAGUACCUAGCACAACAGCGACGAGCAGUUGCAGCAGCCAAAAAGCGCAACGAAGACCUCAAGGCCUCCAUUGCGGCCCGCCGGAAAGCAAUUGUCCAAGGCCGUGCUGCUCAGGAGAAGGCAGCCAGGGAUGUCGAGAACGCAAAAGAGCAGCUCGCCCAGUCCAAAAUCCUGCUUACCCAAACACGGGAGCAAAUCCGCGGCCAACGCCGACGAAUAUGCGAAGACCUUUCCCGCAUCUUUAAUAUCACUCCCAUACCCCAAGCCCCUCCCCUAUGCUUCCAAAUAUGCUCUCUUCCCCUUCCCAACACCGACUACGACCAAUCUCUCAAGUCUAACCACACAAAAUACAACCCAAACCUCUCCGACAGCAGCAGCGAGGACGUCCUGUCCGCCGCCCUAGGCCACGUCGCCCAGCUCACCGACGCCCUACAAUACUACCUCUCCGUGCCCCUCCCAUACCCCAUCCGCGUCUUCGGCUCCCGUUCAACCAUUCGUGACGACAUAAGCCAGCUCCCCGACCCCCAACGCGAGUUCCCUCUCUAUGUCCCCCGCGGCGGCUCCAGCGCCCAAUACCGCUUUGAUUACGCCUGGUUCCUGCUCAACAAGGACAUCGAAGCGCUCUGCGCAAGCCAGGGCCUGAAAGUUGUCGACAUCAGACAUACCCUGCCUAACUUGAAGUACCUCCUUUAUGUUUGCAGCGCGGGGACGGAUGAGAUACCCGAACGGAAGAGGGGAGGUAUCAGAGGGUUAUGGGCAGGUAGGGUGAGAAGUCUGAACUUGUCGGGGACGGUGCUGCCCGAUGAUGCGAGUAUUACGAGUAGUUUUGGGGGGAGUAGGAGGGGUAGUGAUGCGAGUGAUGCGUUGGGGAGACAGAGGGGGGAGGAGUUGAGGAGAGCGGUGAGAGAGAAUGGAGGGGCUUUUAGGGUUACGGGAGCGGGGACGCCGCCGCUUGAAGAGGGGGAGAUCAAGCUCACGUUGAGGACUAAGGGGUUGAGAGAGGGCACUGCGCCUUAG